GCGUUGGGCGUGUGCGAGCGCGGUGUUUGGCUUUCUAAUUUUCCACCCCUUCAUUCCUGGGGUUUGAAGCGGUGCUCGCAUCGAGCAGCAACAGCAUUCUUGGAAACCUCCUUCGCGUCUGACGUGGUCCUCGGUCGACUGAAAGAAGUCUCUCUUUCGUUCUUCUCUCGGGAUCGGGACUUUCGUCCUCUGGCUGGCGCGGGGCACAAGAAGCGAGAGCGCAAAGAGUAGAGUUUUUGGAAGCGGCACCGCUUGCUUUGAAGCUGUGGAAAGUGAAGAAGAUUCUUGACUAUAAAAGAUGAAGAGUCUACUUUUUCUGGUGCUGAUUUUUUUCUGCUGGGCUGAGCAUCAUGCUGCUAACUUCACUCUGGAGCAUGAUAGAAUAAUUCACAUCCAUGAAAAUGAACCUCACCUUCUUGUGAAAGCAGAACAAACUAAAAUCUUCUCAAAUCGUGGUGGAAGUGUUACUCUGCCAUGUAAAUUUUACCGUGACAAUUCAUUACCUGUCUCAGGAUUCCAUAGAGUUCGUGUCAAGUGGACCAAACUCACUUCAGAUUACCUCAAAGAAGUGGAUGUCUAUGUUGAAAUGGGCUACCACAAAAAAAGUUAUGGUAAUUUCCAAGGAAGAGUAUUCUUGAAGAAAAGCACUGAAAAUGAUGCCUCUCUGGUAAUCUCAAAUUUAAUGCUGGAGGAUUAUGGGAAAUACAGAUGUGAAGUCAUUGAAGGUUUAGAAGAUGACUCAGCUGUUAUAACUCUAGACUUGGACGGCAUUGUAUUCCCUUAUUUCCCACGACUGGGUCGCUAUAAUUUAAACUUCUAUGAAGCUCAGCAAGCCUGCCUUGACCAGGAUGCAAUUAUAGCUUCAGUUGACCAGUUAUAUGAAGCAUGGAGAUCAGGACUGGACUGGUGCAAUGCAGGCUGGCUCAAUGAUGGGUCAGCGCAAUAUCCAAUUAGAAAUCCCAGAGACCCUUGUGGUGGGAAGAACACAGUGCCUGGAAUCCGGAAUUAUGGCUUUUCAAAUAAAGAACAAAACAGAUACGAUGUCUUUUGUUUUACCUCUCAUUUUACUGGCCGUUUUUAUUACCUAAUACACCCGACCAAGCUGACCUAUGAUGAAGCCGUGCAAGCCUGCAUCAAUGAUGGUGCACAGAUUGCAAAAGUAGGCCAAAUGUUUGCAGCCUGGAAACUCCUAGGAUAUGACCGCUGUGAUGCCGGCUGGCUGGCUGAUGGCAGUGUCCGAUAUCCCAUCUCCAAGCCAAGAAAACGCUGUAGUCCUAAUGAAGCAGCAGUACGCUUGGUGGGCUUUCCGGAUAAAAAACACAAGCUAUAUGGGGUCUACUGCUUCAGGUCAUACCAGUGAAAGGACCAAGAGCACAACAUUGUCCAUUCCAUCAAGAACAUGUGAAGAUUGUUUCAAUAAGAACUUAUACAAAUUGCCAAAACUGUGAUAAAUCUUUUUUUUUUUACUUACUAUAAGGAGUCAUUUCGUAAAAGCAACCAAUUAAUUUGUUCAUUUUUUAAAAAUCAUUCAAUAGAUAUUUUAAAUUAAUAUAAUUUAAAGAAAGCUCUAGGUGAAGAAGUUUUGGAAAUGUAACUCUUUAUGCUACACAGUUCCAACAAACAUAUUUUUCUUGAAUGGGGCAUGCAAUAGCUUGAUGAUUGCUAGGACUCAGUUAAGGAAUGUAAGGCUUAUCAAAGGAUAAAGUUUACAUAUUUGCAUCAUAUUAAAAGAUACCAGAGAAUAAUGACUGAGAUCUGAUGUUAUGAACUGUGUUCAUCUUUUAUUAACUGCCAUUCCAUGUGGUUUUUGUGAGCAGUUUAAAAAAAGAUGUCAAUGCUGUUUAAAGCAACAGUAUUUUAUGAAGUCUUUGACAUUAAAAAAACCAUAUUUCAAACCAUGCCUUUUAGCAAUCUCUGGUAAAGAAUUCUGUAACAUUCUAUCAAGCACAGUUAAAUCUUCGGAACAUAUUCCUGGUUUUCUUAUGUAUGCAGUAGAAAAUGUGUGUAUGAAUAAGUAAAGAUUGGAGCCAUUUUUCUUCUUAAUAGAAACUAAAUAUGCCUGAAAUAUAUUGCAUUACUUUGAAUAGUUUUAUGAACUUUUAUAUUACUGCAGCUGUUGUUUUAAUUUUGAAAUCCAUUUUGCUAAGCAGCAUUUAGCUUCUACUCAGGGCAGUUAUCUAUAAAUGAACUGCUGGACAGAAACACACACAUAUUAAAUAUAGCAUCUUGAUUUCAUUGUAGCUUUUAAGUAUUAUUGCCUUUAUAAAUGAAAAUUUUAAAUAUUUAAAAAUUUCCUGUCUUAGUUCCAUAUGUCCAAGGUAAACAUUAUUUGAAUUUUGAAGCAUAUUCUCUGCUCUAUAAAUAAGAGGAAGAUAUUUUUUUAUCCUGUUUAGGAAAAGGAGAAAUAUUUUAAUACUGACUACUCGUGAUAAAAUCAAAACCAUUUGCUUAUUUUAAUGGAGACACCAACUCCCACAUUUGCAUCUUAUUAUGCCUUGCAUGGCCCAUUUGCUUGUGAGCAAAGAAGAUUGUAUGUAUGUCAAAGCUCUUGGGUUCCCCAAGAGAAUAUGAUGAACUAUAUCUAUAUUUUAAUUGAGAUUAUUUGUUCACUAUUAGGAGUUUCAGAUAUUUUUCCCGAUUACUUUCUAUAUUACCAAAAUAUGCUGAGUUAUGUAUAGGACAAAUGACUUAUUUACCUUCUUCAGCCUAGAGCUCCCAAAUAUGUGGGAGUUCAUGUAUUCCUGAUCCUUGGGAAUGAUGAGUGUUUAAUUCUAAAACAUCAGGAAUGCUCAUUAUAUUUCUGGUGGAAAAUAAAGGUAGCAAAGUAUAGUAAGCACUGGAUGAAACUGCUUAGAAUUAAUGGCUCUGAUAAAACAAACAUUAAACUAUGACUGACUCAUGUUUAAUGAAAGAAAUUACAGAUAGUGUAGAUCUUGCUAUGGUUUACUUAGGUUUUAUUAGUGGGAUUUGUUCCAAGGAUCAUAAAUGUCUUUAUUUGGACUCAGAUAAUAGAAUCAUAUUGUCAAUAGUUACAUGAGAUUCGUAUGCAUUUCUGGGCCAUAAUUCCAGCAAGAAAAAAGAAAAAAUAGAUUUGUGGUUUGGUCUAUGUACCACAAUAUUAUAACUAACCAAGGGAUUUUAUCUUCAUGGUUUUCAGAGGAUUGUGCUCCAGGGGACAGCUAAAAUAGCAUAAAGUAGGAUUAGAAAGUAUUCACCUACAGUACAUCAGCUAAACUUAUGUAUACUAUGCAAAAUGUUCCCAUGUCAACAUUCCCGAACAAUCAGUUUACUGUAUAAAUGAUAUAGAAAUAAAAUAUCUAAUGCUUAUGGAUUGAUUAAAAUAUGUUGCAAAAAAGAAACAUUGAAAUGAUUGUGCAAACAUGUAAAUGAGUAUCUGUACUUUAGAAGAAUGUUCAUUAAAGAUGGAAAAUAGA